AUGUUCCAGCUUGAAUUCUCGCGAUGGUAUCUUCUCGUUGGGGCUUUUGUAGUGCAGUUUUGCCUCGGUUCCAUCUACGCUUGGUCAGUACUAAAUCAUCCCAUUGACUUGGCCAUCUACGGUGAUACCACAAAGGGACGCGCAAUUAAUACCUUUUAUAUCGCAAUGGGAGUGUGCGGAACAUCAAUGGCAGUCUUCGGACCUCUCGUUGAGCGCAAGGGGCCCCGGUGGGCUGUCUCUAUCGGUACAACUUUGUUCUUAGCUGGUCAUAUCGUCACCGGUAUCGGUUGCCACUACAAGUCCAUUAUCUGGAUCUACAUUGGCUACGGCGUCAUCACUGCCAUCGGUAUGGCCCUAUGCUACAUUUCGCCCAUAUCUGCACUUCAGAAAUGGUUUCCUGACUACCGUGGUACCGCUGCUGGCUUUGCUGUUGCUGGUGCUGGUUCGGGAUCGAUUGUCUGGAGCAAAGUAUUCCUUCCUACCAUUGACGCAGUUGGCCUUGCUUGGAUGUUCGUCGUGCUCGGAAGCGUCAUGAGUCUUUUCAUGUAUGUAUCUCUUCUGGUCCUCCGCCUUCCACCCCCAUCUUUCACUGUAAAUGAUCUUGAUAUCCACGGCAACAGCGUCGAGAACGACGCACUGGACGAGAAACUCGAAAGUGCGUACAUUAUGAAUCAGACGCCCAAGACAGAGAAUGCUACAAACUGCGCUUGGGAAACCGGUUCAAACACCGCCAGACCGUCAACAAAGCAGCCCACCCUGAAAGAGGCCAUUUUGACGCCUGAAUUCGCUCUCAUCUACAUCGCAUUCUUUGCCAACCAGCUCUUCGGCGUCAUCGUGUUGUCCCGACUUUCCAGCAUGUGUGUUGAUAUUUUCAGCAAAAGCGAAAACACGGCUUCCGACAUUGUAUCUAUUAACGGUGCGUUUAACUGCAUUGGCCGCCUCGCAUUCUCGUGCACCUCAGAUCUCCUGGUGCGUAAUUUCAAGAUGGAGAAAGCAUUUGCACGCAAAGUGCUGUAUUACUACACCCUUGGCGCACAGAUCAUUGUGAUCGGGUCAUUGCCUACGGUCAUUCGUCAUGAGAGCUUUACCUACUUUGCCAUCGAAAUUUUUGUGCUGACAAGCAGCUUUGGCGGUGGACUUGGUACGGUCCCGGCCCUUCUUACCGACAUGUUUGGAGCUUACAAUGCCGGCCCAAUGCAAGGUGUUAUUCUCACGUCAGUAUCCAUUGGUGCUGUUGGCGGUGGCAUUAUCUUCAAUAACUCGCUGAACAAUAUAAUUGCUGACGGCAUGACCGUAAGCGAGGCGUAUAUUGACAACAUCAACGCUAUUUUUAUUGUCGUCUGCAUCGGAUUCGCGCUGCUUUUUCUUGUGCGUACGAACGUGGCGGACCGUCUCGAGCCAGGUUACCACUAUUCACUCUGCGGUAAGCGCGUUAUCAGUAUCCCAUCGAAGAAAAAGUCUGAGAUUAAGCAAGCUGAGGUGGAGGAGAAGUAG